GUGAUACGUUGGCCAGUAGCAAUUUGACUUUACGCUAACUAUAUUUACCUCAUGGAGAAUUCAUUAUUUUUCAUGUAUUCUUAAAGCUCACUGAAUAAUGACAUCUUAGCUCUAUAAAUUGCAUUAUAUUCAGGUGUCUAGAGUUUGGCAGACCAGAAAGCCGAUUUGGUGUCGUAUCGCAUCUAUUUAGCAUAUGCUCAAUUAACAUGUAGGCUUCUGGAAAUAUACUGAUUAUGUUUAUCAGUGUUCUAGUUAGGGCUUUACUCAGGAGUUAUUUAUGGAAGUCUCGAUAUAGUUUAUCUAAUCAAUAACUUUUAUUCUUAAACAUAUUUCUAAACAAGAAGGUUGUGUAAAUUCAAAUGAUCAUGGGACUAACUGUUCGUUUAAUUCCAAGUAGUUUGACUUAUGUAUGUAUGCAUGGAGUUAUCAGUUUCUCUCAUUUUUCCUUUUUCCUAAAGGAAUUUAUCGAAAUACCUUAUGUUGAGGAUUCUAUACUUUACCAAUAAUGUAAUAUUGAAUAAAGCCAUUAAUGGUACCGAGUGUUUGGAACAGGACUUUAUAAUGUCUUGAACAUAUUUUCUUAUCUUUUAUACACAAUCCCUACUGAUACAUCUGCGUAUUUUUGUAAUGUUAUGCUUUAUAACGCUGCACAGUAUUCAAAUUCAAUGGAUUCGAAAUUCAAAUUAAUGGAUGAUGAUAAAGAAAAUAACAAUGAGCUAUCACUGGACGUCGAACAGGCUAUUCGUAGCAGUUCAAUCAUGUCCAAAGCUCCAAUCGUGAAAUUUCUAAACAAAUUUCAUGGUAGUCUUGCACCAUUUGCUGGUGUUUACUGCUAUAAGGUUUGGGUAUCUGAUGAACCACCAAACAGAUCUCGCCAUUACGCUUAUCAAGUUAUUACAACAAAUUCAAUACAAAAAGUUUAUGUCACGUCUAUGCGUGUGUGGCCGAUAACGUUUUCUUUUCGACCACCAGUGACUCCUAUGAAUUUUUGGAUUCGAAUUACACCACUGUUUUCGUAUGCAGAAAAGUGUGGUGAAGUCGUUCAAAGGUGCAAAAAACACGAGAUUCAAACAUCUGGUACCUACAUAUCGAAGGGAAAAUCAUUUGUUGAAAUUCUUGGGGAAAGUUCGGAAUAUGUGUUGGGCAGCCCCCUCUCAAAUUGCCCUCGUGACCAAAUUACCGUCCGUACACCUAUUGAUGUGCUCCAUCUCCUUCACUCCAAGUCAGAAGCUCCAUCUAACACCGCCGAUUCGGAUAUCUCAUUAUUACCAGAAGUGAGGGGGGUUUUGUAUUGUAGACUAAGCUGUUACAACAGUUGUUUUGGUUUAACAGCUCGAGGUGAAAUUGAGUUAGUUAUUACCCUUGAAGCAAAGAAUGAUGAAUCAGUUAAUCAAGAGAAUUUCACAAUCUUUGGCCUUGACAAAAUACGUGUUCGUUGUUGUUCUUGUCCGACGAGAGAUGCAAAAUCUGAUCACAAGCUUUCAUCCAAUAUUUUAGGAUCGUGUUCCACCGGCAUAAGUUCUAGAAGGUUAUCACUUAGUUUAUCUGACCAUUCAAAUAUUCGGAUAAAUACUGGAAUUUCAAGUGCACGAAAUAGUUGUCCCAGUAAAAUACAAAGAGUUGAAAACGAAGACUGUCAAGAGUCAUACUCAUCUAUUAUUUUUAACAGUAAAAAAUAUUUCAUUACCAUGACUGAUGAUCCGGAAGUAAAGUCAGCAAACACCACACUGAGGGAUUUAUCAGCUUUAACAUCUGAAAAGUGGACAUGUUCUCAUUCUCGAAAUCGCGCACUGAAACGUAUUAAAAAGUUUUAUCGGAAUUUGGAAAGUUAUGUUACUGACUGUACCGUUAAAGAGUUAUCUAGAAAAGGAAAUGAUUACAUUCCACCCCAGGGAUCUCAAGAUAGUACAAGUUCAACUUCAUCUACAGCUGAUAAGUGUGUUGGUACGGAUAACUUGUAAAUGGGACAUAUGAUACAGGGUGGAACUUGUCUCUUUCAUCCGGUGAUGACUUACUCGCCAUAACUAUGACAAUUAGUAUUAUUCUUGCACACUAUUUUUCUCAGUAUUUUUUCUAAAACUUAUUUUGUAUAGGUGACUUGUGAUUUCAUUUUGUUCUUUUUGUCAUUUUAUUAUUGGAAAUAGUAUUAUUAUAGUUAUCAGUAGUACAAAAAAUACCACAAAAUAAAUCAGUGAGUUGUUAAAUUUCAUCUGCUCUUUUGUAAAAUAGUUUAUAAGUUUUCAGUAACAUAAUGUGAUCUGUACUAUAUUGUUUACUUGGUACCGCUGAAAUUCGUUUAAACUCAUUUUGUCUUGAUUGUCUUUGUUACUUUAAAGUGAGUAGGAUUUAUGAUUGAAUAAAAGUUGUUUUUUAGAUUCAAUCUUUGUUUUGUUAAGUGAAAUGAAGUUGAAUGUUGAAUAAGGAAAUAUUUUGUGUAGAGAUUUGUCCAUAAUAAUAAUAAUAAUAAUAAUAAUAAUAAACUAUUGAGUGGUUUAUGGUGAAAGGUGUUUCGGCUGUUCAUGUGUUUAUAAGCUGCGUAGUUGUUGAUAGGAUUAACGAUGAUAUUUUGUUUGACGAGAGAGUACAAUUCAUAUAUAAACCAAACAGCCGUAAAUAAAAUUAUUACCAUAAUUUGAUGUUGAACAUUAGAAGUUCCGAUCGUGUAUACAACUAACAGUUAAUGCUGAAACAGUUCCCACGGGUAAGAGGUUGAUAUAUGUUAGUGAGGAUGACUUGUUCGUUAAGUCUAAUUUGACCUGUUUAUCUUUGUGCUUUGUGUUUUUGUAAGUUGGUUCAGUAUUUAUCAGAGAAUCCCAGUCACUUAACAUGUAAAUAUAUUUCUGGAUUAUGAAUAAAAUAGAUAUACUUUAAUAGUUAUUAUAAGUUGUUAAGUUUCAUCUGUGAAUUUCGAGUAUACUCACAGGUAUGAAGUUUUUAUGGAAUGACAUAAAUAUCAACAUAUUUUUAAAGCUUAGAUAUCACAAUUUACCAUCAAAUGUUUCCAUAAUCUAACCGAUUGCGACAUUUAGAAAGUCGACUUUUUUGUUAGUAGAUGUUAAUCCACAAAAAUCUCACGAGUUAGAUAUGUUGGAUCUUACCAUUUAAGCUUACAAUGGUGAUCUCUGUGUACUGAAGGAUAGAUUAAGAUUUUAGUGUAUUAGACGAAGGCCUAAACUUGCCGUACUGUUUGUUACCUUCAGUUCAGUUAUUUCUAAUGUUGUUUUUCUAGAACGCUUUUUGAUGAAACUAUAUAGUGUAAAGAGUUGAUGUGUAGAUUUAUGUAUAUAACCAGAUCGUCCAAAAUGUAUCGGGCUAAAAUACCUUAUGGCUCUGACAAAAUAAUUUUGGUGUUAGUUAGCGGCAAUCGACGUGAUCCCUAAAUCUAUGUUACGAGUUCACUGGCGUUCGUCACCAAGGUAUACUUACAAUUCUGAGCAGAUGGAUUUCUUUCAUCACCUCACUGUGUUUUGAUUGACACAAUUCAUUUAGCAUUGAAUACUUGACAGCAUGACAUUAGUUACUACUACUGGAUUAAUAUGCAUUUUGUCUAUUUCUCCUUAAUGUACUCUGUAUUUUUGAAAACAUGUUACUUUCCAACAAAUUUGAGAAGCUGACUAGCAUAUAUACAUGUAGGGCUGGUAAGCCAAGCCUGAAAUACAUCACUCCCAAUCGAAAUUCUUAUUUAGCUUCUCGUUAUCUUGUGUGAAAACAAGUCAUAUUUCAUAAUUUAGCCUUCUAAAAUAUAAGUUGACUAGGGUUUUUUAUUUCUAGCCUUAUGAAGUAUUGAUUUACAAAUGAUUUUGGGUACAGAUUUAUUUGAGCUUUAUAUAUAACUAUAUGGUUCAAUGUGUAUCUGAUGCAUUCCGUGUACGUCUCACUAUCAGAAGAUACUGACACUAAACCUUUUUAUUGUUGAGAUUUAAUGUCAGUAGGUAAAUGAAUAUUAUAUUACGUUGAGAUUUGACCAAUGCAUUAUUUAUUACGGUUGACGUGCUGAUAUACAGAUGAAAAUAUUUGUAUCUGGGACAUCGUACGGAAGACAUCUUUUCACGUUACAACUCGACGUAACAUCACAGAAUAUAUUAAUAUUCAUAAACCUUUGCCUCACAGCAGAAUGAUUAACGAUCAUCUACAUUAGACUUCGACGUAGCCACUUUUAUACUUUGUGGUAAACAGUUUUUUUAUUAAUUAUAUUUGAUACCAAAAAUUGGUCCAAAGAAUGGAACUUUUUUACUACAUGUUUAUUUGUAAGUGUACAAUCCACGUUACCCUGAAUCUUCUAACUUCUUGUUUUCAGCAAUGAGUAUAUCAAACAUUUCACACUUAUGGUUGUAACCCACUUAUCUUUAGUUAAAACGCUAAUUCUAGUCACAAGAAACCAAUUUAAGUUUUGCAUUAGUCUGUAUAUCAAACGAUUUAAAAUGAAUUCAAUUUCGCUUCUGAAAAAUCUUGUGGUGUAUGUUUGUAUUUGGUAUUUUAGAAUUUAGACGUAGUUUACAGCCACUUGGUGUUCAUUUAUUUCGGUAGGAAUCACAGCAAGGUGGGAUGACGACAGAGCUCACAGUAGAUUUCAAGUUGUAAUACAGGCUAACUUAUCAUAUUAUUUAAACAUUCUGUCAGUAACACAUUUAGGUACAUUUUCGUAGUAUUAUAUCUGAUUGAGACGGGAAGAUUUGAAAUCAUUCUGAUGGAGUUUUGUUCUCUGAGACAUAUGGUUUGGUCAUGGAGCUUCCAUCUUUCUUCUGAACAACAUAACCAGCACAAACUUCAGAUAGAAAUCAUUCAGAUACCAGUAUAUUAAGAAGUACCUGUGUAUUAAGUGUGGUUUUUCGUAAGUUUAUGUUUGCAAACAUGUGAUUUUCUCUCUUGGGAUUGUUUGUUGUCAUAUCCAGUUUCCUUAGAAACAUUUUAAACAGAUUGCUUCUUUAAGUAGAAAGAAAUUAGAGUCAAAAAUAUGGGAAUAUUCAAUUUGACUGCUUCAGGUUCAUGAUAAAAAUGUAUAUAUGAUCGAGCACAGUAGUAGUUCCAUUUGAUUUUUAUUUCUUUUCAGGUCUUAACUAUUUUCUCCGUAGCGUUGAAAUUUCAUGGUCCUUGAGAAUUAAAAGUUAACAUUGAUUUUAAAUUAUGUAUGUUUCACCUAUCUUAACAGUUUUUGUUAUGACGUAGUUUAAAUUAGUAUUUCAAAGUCAGGGGUAUAAUUGGGAGUUUAUGAUUAAGUGGAGUCUCAAUUUAUUCAAAAUUAAAUAAACAUUAUGGCGAUAAGCUGAGGUAAGGAUUAUGGUUAAAAUUUGAAACUAAUUUUUGUAAUUCAUUUUUGCAUUGGUUGUCUGAAUCUCCCCGUUGAUGUUUACGAUUGUAAUUGAUCAGUCCUGGAGUGAACAUUAACUCUGGGAUGUAAGUACAUUUAGCUCAGGAGUUCUAAAUAGGAUGAAGCGUGCAUCAUGGAUUCCACUUCUAGACAUCAUCCAUCUCCGCUUAUAAUUUUUUAUAGUUAUAAAAACAAGAGUGAUAUUACUUCAUGAAGUGUUCAGAAAAAUCAAAUAUCGAAGGGUUGGUACGUGUUGUGUUAAGACGGGAUGUGAUAUCAGUGUAAAUGUUAUUCAAGAUUACCCCCUUUUUAAUUCAGUAUAAUAAUUACUCAGAGUAAUAUUCUUUUUUUCAGUGCAAUAUUCUGUUUAUGAUAACAUUUAUUUUAUUUAAGUAUGGAGUUUACUCAGUAUAAUAUUCUUUGUAUUAAUUUAGUGUAAGCUUCAUUCAGUAAGAUAUGGAUCAUAUGUUUUUCAAUAAUUCUUUGUAUUUUCUCUAAAUGUGAUAUUUAAUAGUGUGUCAUAAAGCGUGUGUAACAAUCAUUAUGAAAAAGUCUAUUUUUGUUAAAUGCACGGUGUUUUGAUGGGGAAAUAGGUGUUCUUUAGUCAGUUUCCGUGUACGUAUUUCGCUUCAUAGAGAUUACAGUGGUUACCGGUAUCAAGUACUGCAGUAGCUCCCGCUGCCAUAAUGUAAUGAUCUAGCAGUUUGUGAAAGAAUGAGGAGAUCAAGUUAGUUUAUGAAUGAGCGACAAUUGUUAACUUGGUGAAUAUAAAGAACAGGGUAAUUAAAUUUUAUAGCUAACGCCACAUAUUGGUCUUAUUUAAGCAACUAUUGAAACUCGGGGACCAAUAGAUAGCUGUUUUUUCGUAGUAUUGAACUCCUCAACCGAAUCCCGAUAUUUUAUUUUGUUUGCGAUUUCUAACAAAAAGAUACUUGACGUCAAUCUUUUAAUCAUUGGCUGACAUCCACUAGGGAGAUCUAUAAAUUUCCUCGGAAAACAAAAAGGGCUCUGAAAACUCUGAGAAACAUCUUAUCCGAUCAGCAUCCAACAGGGGUUUUUCCAGAAACAUCUAGAGGGUGAAAAGUCACAUGUCGCGUUUAGUAGCGUUCCAGAAUUUUCCGGAAUCCCAACGCCAUCCAAAAUGCCAUAAGUACUGUAGAUUUUCUGUACAUGAACGAACAUUGGAGUAAAGCGUUUCUUCCAUAUUUCGCACCUUUUCUCUCGUGUUCAAGUUUCCGUGUAGAUUAGCCUGGGGGUUAUUAGAAGAGCUUAGGAAACCGAAUCUAGAGCACGAAUAGAAGAUUUAUCACGAAUAAUCACCUUAAGCCUCGAAAAAUAUUUGUGAAAGGGAUGAUAAAAAUACUCUUUCUAUGUUAAAUGAUUUAUACACUUCAUAUUUACAAUAAGUUUAUACUUCUAUCCUUAAGUGAAAUUAGUAAAGUAAUGGCUCUUUACUUACAAUGUUUUUAAAUUGAAAAAAGGUAGUCUACAUAUGGUAAUAAUGAAUACAAGACCAUAUACCGUUUAUAGGCAGUUUGUUCAUUUAUCAAAAUAACAGUCUGCAUAUAUGAAAUAAAUCUAGGAAAAACAAGUAAAUAUUUCUAUAAUGGCGUUUACUUACAAAAAUGUUUACGUGGGAAUAAACAGCUAGUUAUGUACAAAACAGAGUAGGAUCUGUUCAUUUGAAAUUCCUUACUUGCAUAGUAUUUUGAUUCAGCAUUUUGACUAAUUCACCAUUCGUGCUCCAUGUAUUUGAAUUCCUAAUGAUAAUAUUGUUUGUUCUCAAGACGGUUCAUUAUGAUUUCAAUGUAUAUUUUUUAUGUAUGAGAGAAUUUGUCAAAUUCAGUGAGAUCAUUAAAUUCUGAGCACUUGAAUUGUUUAUUAUAACUAAGUUCGUAAUCCUUCGUUUCAGAAGGCGUAUCCAUACGAUUAUGAGAUCUGAUUAAAUUAUCGAGCAUCAUUUUAGAUUCAUUUUUUAUAUAUGUGAAAUAACUUGUAGAAACAUAAGAAGUGGUCAUACAAAUGCAUUGAAUAUUAAAUUGUUAAUAUUCGUAAUGGUAUUAUUGAAUAAUAUAAUGGAAAACUUAGUAUGUUAUGUGGAAGAUAAGAAAUAGGUUACAUCGUUUUAACUUAGAAGUUUGGUAUUGCAGUAAAGGUCAAAUCAAAAUAUCUCGUCAUCAUGAUAAUUGUUAUCAUUAAUGGUAGUAUUACUGUAUUGAUAAGUAAUAAGCAUUGAAUAUAUAAAUCAGAUUUUUUUAUAUGGAGUUCUCAAAAAAGAGAUAAGUCCUUUCCGUUAACAUUUGUAGCUAGUAGAAUAAAUAAAAGUAAAUUCAUUAAAAAAAUAUGAGAAUUAGCCAUCAGAUUAGAUUGCAUUAUUUAUCCUCAUAAUUAAUGAUGACUUUAUGCUGUUAUCAGUAUUGUUAUCCACAUAAUUCUUCAAUACCGUCAUGUCGAUGCCUAAAGAAUGUUAAUUGGUUGAUGGUUGUAGUAUUGAAUAACUAUGUGAUUUUGUAGGUAUCGAUGCCAAGGUUGGACUUGAUAGUUUCAAAUAAAUUGAGCAUUGGAUGGAAAGCUAAUAACAAAUAUAUUUUUGUUAUAUUCUCAAUAGGUAGGGAUUUGUAUUUCUUACGUUUCGUGACUUAAUGUAAGUCACUUCUUCAGAGUAAAUAAGUAACCGGAUUCAAUCAUCACAUGUUGGAAUAGUACUAAGGAAACAAUGCAAAAUAUUUUUUGUACAAUGAAAGUCAUAGCAGGUCUGAAUAUGUCAAUUUCAAGUUAUUCUUGGUUGAGUUUGUAUGACCUGUCACUAUUUGUGCGUCAGAAUGUGGAUAUGAAAGAUGUAUGCAUUUGUAAUAUGAAGCAGUGAGGUUGAAGUUCUGUGUGCAUAGGUUGUGUGGAAAAUAAAUAAGAUCAAAUGUGAUUGUUUGGAUAAACAGUCCAGGUUAGGUGAAUAUUCAAGCCUUCUUUCCUAUUGCUUCAUUAUACAUUGAAUUUAUUGUACAAUUUGGUUUUAAAUCAGUAAACUCAAUCGAUUCACUGUUCAAAUUAUAAAAUGUUUGUUAUAGUCAUUUUGUUCACAUAACUUUUGGUAUUAACAUCUUAGUUUUGCUAUGGAUAGGUAUAUUUGUGUAUAACUUGUAGGGUGAUUACUAUCAGCUUUUAAUUUUGCUAAGAUGUCAGCCUUAUCGCCACCAGCCUCAUCAUCAGCUUCAAUACCUUCAACAUUUAAAUACAUUGAGCUAAAGCUUGAUUGAACUAUUCAAUUAUUAUUGUUUGUGCUUUCAGUUGAUAUCAUUAUAUCUGAAAGUCGAAUAUUUUCUUCAUUUGAAUUGAUGUAUAUUGAUUUUUUUAAACCUGCUAAAUCGGCUAAUGAUCUACCUCUUGGUAUACCCAUUACUUGCUUACUAUUUUUAAAUGUUUUGCUUCGUUUUAUAAUAUCCGUGUUAGUAAUAGGAUUAUUUAUGUUGGAUUUUUUUCGAUAAUUGUUUACAAGAUUACUAAAAGGUGUAUUCUUUAGUUUAGACUUUAUUUCAUUACUUAAUGAUGGAAGAGAUGGUAUUGGGUUAUUUUUGAUGUUAUUACUGCUGUCACUGUAGCUGUUCGCACUGAUGUUGAUUUUGUCAAUAUUCUCAGCAUCACUAUCGUUUUUGCCAUAAUUCGUAGUCUUUGCAUCAUAAUUACGGUUAUCUUUGCUACUACAACUGGUAUUAUCGUGUAUGUCAUUGAUUUUGCUGUUUGUAACAUUAUUAUUAUUGUCGUCGUCACCGAUAGUAAUGCUAUGGAAGAUGGAAUGAUAGUCGUAUACAUUUGAUGGUUUGUUAUAUGAAUGUGGUUUAUACAAGUGUAAUGCCAUGUAGACUAAAUACGUUACAUCCAUGCCAGCUGGAUAAUUCAUCAAUAAUGUUAAACAUUCUGCAAACUCAUAUUUUAUUAAUGUUGGUCCUAAACGUAACAGCAUACUUAAAUACAUGUAAGGAACAAAUGCUAAAUUAUUGUUUACGGCAAAUAUACAAUCCCAUAUAUAUAAUAAAUCUUGUAAGGGGAAUUCAUGACCAAAUAGUAAACGUAUCCAUUUUAAACCAAAUAAUUUUGGUGAUAUCUCUAAUUUUUUCAAAUGGUUAUAUAAUAAUGGGUUGUGUCUCAAUAAUAAUUGUUUGUGUAUUUGUUCUACAAAACAAUCUCCUGAACAGUUAUGUUUAGAAUGUUCUUCCUGAUCAAAGUGAAACGUGUGUUGAUCUCCGCCGUCAGGUUGUUUUAAUUGAUCUUUAUUCUGUCUUUCAUAUUUUUCGAUGAUUUCAUCCCCCUCACUGUCAUUUUUAGUUUCUUCAUGAUCCUCUCCGUCUAAUUCGUCAUUAUCGUUCUCGUAGUAAAUUUUAAAAUAUUUAAGAUUAUUAUUAUCAUCAAUACUGUCUUGUGUUUUAUUGGUAACCAUGGGAGUUUGUUCUGGGUCAUUGGAGUUUGCAUUUGCUUCUGAUUUUAAAACUAAUAUUGUUGUUGGUAAUCCUAUAAUUGUACGUCUUCUUAUUCUUUUUUCAUGAGUUGUUAGUUUUGUUUGAGGAUACCAAUUUUUGACGGAGUUCAUAAUUUUUGCAAACAUCAUAUAAACAUCAGCUUGAAAGUAUUCCUUAUUCAUAAUAUAAUUUAAAUCAUUCCAUAAAUCAGAUGAUAUAAUUUUCAUUUCUACAACAUGUUCAAAUGCAGUUAGAUCACAAUGUAAAACGAAUAAUAAAGGUGCUAAUAUUUCAUGCAUACCUUGUUGAUAGGAAAUAUUCUCAUGUUCUGUAUAAAUAUAUAAUAAAUCAAUCAUAAUGUUAUGUAUAUUUUGGUUAUGAAAAUAUUCCACUUUUGGAAAUGUUCUAUUAACAUCUUUUGCUAUUAUGCGUUUUACUUUUAAUGAGUAGAAAUAUUUGUUCCACAAACUCGUUCUACUAUAAGAUAAUGGAUGAUCAUCUGAUUUUAUUUGAUUAAUAUAUGGAUUAAUAUUAAUUCGACAAUUUAACAUGGCAAAAUAUUCUCUGUCUUUUUUUAAUUGUUUCGACCAUUGACUUACAUCAUUGGGUAGAAUGUCAAGAAAUAUACGCCAACAAAUGCUUCGAAAAUGACAUACACGUAAUUGUCCAUUAAUAGCGUAAUUGAUUAAACGUGGAAGUAAAGUAUUCGACUUAGAUAUGUUUGUGACAGGAUUAAUAGAUUGUAAAUUUAUCAAGUUUCUGACGUAAUCUAUUUCCGUUUUCACGUCAUCUUUAGAUGUUAUUGUGUACGUGAAUAAGUGGCAGAAUUCUCUACUGUAAGAACUUGGACUUUGAGUCCAAUCUAAGUUAGAUAGUGUGUUACCACUUAAUUGAUUAUACUUUUUAACAUUUCUUUUGAUAGAUCUUCUUAUGAUCAUUUGUGAUGAUGAUAAUGAUUCAUUUAUUUCUGAUGAUACUUUUGAUCUUGAUAGCAGAGUAGAUGAGUAUUUUUGCUUGCACGAUGAAAAUUCAACAGUGUUUCCGAAAUCAUCAUCAUUCUGUAAUUCAUUUAAUACUGACAUUUCAUCACUUAUGAAGGCGAAAAUAUUUUCAUUUGUCGUUUGAUAUAAAUGAUAUAUAUAUAUAUAUAUAUAUAUAUAUAUAUAUAUAUAUAUAUAUAUAUAUAUAUAUAUAUAUAUAUAUAAAUUAAGGUACAAUAAAUAUCAAUAAAAUUUACAAAGAAAGUACCAUAUUUCGAAAAUUCUCAAAGUAUAACUAUUCGUUACUUACUAUAAAGCAAUAAUUAUUACUUAAUGAAGUAAUUGAUCUUAACUGAUAGUUUAAAUGAAGCAUAAUUCAGGCUCUCACAAUUAAGUAUUGAUUUAUUUCUUUACCCGACAGGGUGCAUUUUAAUUAAUAAAGUUUAAAAAAGGUUGUAAGACUACUUAACCAGAAAAUGUCACCAAGUGGUAUGCAUGAAAUGUACUCAAUACCCUUAGAUUCGGUUAUCGUAGGAAAACUUGUAAAUUCUGAAAUAUAAACACUUUUAUGGCCGUUUACAAAAUGAACAUUAUGUCACCAAAAUUAUUAUUUUGUGAGUUACUGAUAUUUUGUUAUUAUAAAAAUGAGCGCACCAAUCAUGCAGUACUUUGAAGUUAUAUGAAAUAAGAAUCCGAUAUAAAUAUGAUCAGGACUAAAAUAACAAUUACACAACAAAAAGCACCAAGUCGGAAAACUUUGAACUUCAUCGUUGGUUUAGUCAUCAUAUUAUUAUUUUUCAUGUUCAUUUAUUUACUGGCACAUUUCAAAAUAUAGUAUCGACGUGAAUUUCAAAAGAUUUGACAAAAGACUUAUUUGCCAAAAUAAUCGACUAGUUUUCAUUUGUUAUUUAUAUAUUUCCGAAUUCAAAUAGUAAUUUACUAUAUAAGUAGUAAUACAUUAUAUAUUGUCUUUAAAACGAAAAAUCAAUGGUGUAUUAAAUGUACACAGAAGUUUUGAAAUCAUGUGAUCCUGUGGUUUGAUGUAUUUCAGGCCGAGACUCUAAUUUAUGGACGACCUUUGAACGAAUCUAGCCAACCAGUAAACUGAGUUUAGAGUAAAAAUAUAUUAUACAAAACCGAGGAAAUAAAAUGGAUACACUUCUGAUACGUGGUUCAAAAACUUGUCAAGGUGAGAAAGAGGUUCGGAGGUUCUAAAAUCGUAGUGCAUGCAAUAGAGUAAAUCAUCCAUAUGGCUACAGAAUAGUUGGUCACUGGAACCAUGAUAAGGUCGCAAAAGCUCUUUCAGCCUCGACCACGUAGGUCCAAUAUUGUUUGUGUGCACUCCGGUUGUUGAGUACACAAAAUGCCACCUGUGGAUAGCGACACAAUGCAUAUUACCAAGCCUAUGUAUGGGCCUGUACGCUCUGCAAUCAUCCGUAUAUAUUGUAGUACCUGGCUGCAACCAGUGUUGCUGGUGCUUUUACAAUCCAGUUCUCACUAAUUGUCAUAAUUUGCUCUAGUUAGGAAUUAUAUACGGGAUUUUCAUCACGAACCGACAUCAGCUAUAAUGCCAAAACUCUAUUUAGCAAAAAAUGGAUGAAAAACUUUCGUGCCAAAAUCCGAAAUCUUUUAUCUUAUACCCGAUUGUUUCCUUCACAAAUUAUAAUUUCGCCGUUUUAUUUGUUACAGCCGCCCAAUUAUCACGUUUUGCAUAAAAUCCUCUGUAAACCGAUCGUACGUUAGCAUUAGGCACUGAAGUUGGCGCCGUGACCUUGAAAUCUGAAACGCUCCUGACUGACUUGUCUAUUCCAGGGUUACUGUGCUUUUGUUUAAAAAAAAUCGAUUACAUGGAUGAUCACUAGUAUGAUUGAAUUGAUUAAUACAUGUGACAUAUAUCUCAUUAUUAAGUGUUGUUAUACCCUUACAAAAAUAGCUUAUAUAUCCCAAUUUAAUUAAUAUAUUCAUAUAUGAUAACAAC